UUUUCUGCUGCACGCUCAAGUCAAUCCGCAGCAAGCAAUAGUACUUUCUCUCCAGCUCCAAUUGCCGUUGCCCCGUCUUCUUCCACCAUUACUGAGUGUACAAUUUACAGUCUCUCCCAUCACCAUCACUAUCACCGACGUCAAAGAAGAAGGUCAAGUGUCUCCCGAACGAGCUGGAGGAUGGGCUGCUCUACUUUUUCCUCCGAUGACAUCGUCAUUAAGUCCCCCAAUGACAGGCGCUUCUACCGCCUCAUCCGACUCGAUAAUGGCCUCUCUGCCUUGCUCAUCCACGAUCCUGAUAUCUGCCCCGACGGUGACGGUGCUUCCCCCAAUUCCACUGACUGCAGUGACCCUGAGCUGGAGGGAGGCGAGGAUGCAGAUGAUGAGGACAACGAUUACCCGGGCAGCGACGAUUUUGACGAAGACGAGUACAGCGAAGAAGAUGACACGGAUGAAGGGGAAGAAGAGGAUGCCCAACAGCACCGGUCCAAGAAAAGAGAGAGUCAGUCGGUCGCUUCUCAGACUAAGAAGGCCGCAGCAGCAAUGUGCGUCGGUAUGGGCAGCUUCUCUGAUCCUUACGAGGCACAGGGUCUCGCCCAUUUCCUAGAACACAUGCUCUUCAUGGGGAGUUCGAAAUACCCUGAUGAAAAUGAGUAUGAUAGUUACUUGUCCAAGCAUGGAGGAUCCUCAAAUGCAUACACAGAAGCAGAGCACACUUGCUACCAUUUUGAGGUCAAACGGGAAUUUCUCAAGGGUGCUUUAGAAAGAUUCUCUCAGUUUUUUAUUUCACCAUUGGUGAAAAUGGAAGCCAUGGAAAGAGAAGUGCUUGCUGUAGAUUCAGAGUUUAACCAGGUAUUGCAAAGCGAUGCGUGUCGUCUUCAACAACUUCAAUGCUAUACUUCUUCGCCCAGUCACCCAUUUAAUAGGUUUUUCUGGGGAAAUAAGAAAAGCUUGGUCGAUGCAAUGGAAAAGGGAAUCAAUUUGAGGGAACACAUUCUGGAAUUGUUCAAGAAUUAUUAUCACGGUGCUUUGAUGAAAUUAGUUGUUAUCGGUGGAGAAUCUCUGGAUGUACUUGAGAGUUGGGUUGUGGAAUUGUUUGGAAAAGUAAAAAAGGGAGCUGGAGCUUUAUCUGAGCUGAGAAUGGAAGUGCCUAUCUGGAAGGCUGGUAAGGUUUAUCGGUUAGAAGCAGUGAAGGAUGUUCAUGUACUUGACUUAUCGUGGACAUUGCCCUGUCUUCGCCAAGAAUAUCUUAAAAAGUCAGAAGAUUAUCUAGCGCAUCUUCUUGGCCAUGAGGGCAGAGGGAGCCUGCAUUCAUUAUUCAAAGCCCGGGGAUGGGCAACUUCCUUGUCUGCUGGUGUUGGGGAUGAAGGAAUGCAUCGAUCUUCUUUGGCUUACAUUUUUGGCAUGUCUAUACACCUGACAGACUUGGGUUUGGGGAAGAUCUUCGAGAUCAUUGGUUGCAUUUAUCAAUACCUAAAGUUAUUACGUCAAGUAUCUCCUCAGGAAUGGAUAUUCAAGGAACUUCAGGAUAUUGGGCACAUGGAAUUUACAUUUGCAGAGGAGCAACCUCAGGAUGAUUAUGCUGCUGAACUUGCUGAGCAUCUUCUUAUUUAUCCAGCAGAGCAUGUUAUCUAUGGGGAUUAUGUGUACCAAGUAUGGGAUGGGGAGAUGAUAAAGCAUAUCCUGAGUUUCUUCACUCCAAAUAAUAUGAGGAUUGACAUUUUGUCGAAGUCAAUUGAUAAGUCAAGAGCGUCCCAGCUUGAGCCAUGGUUUGGUUCAUUAUACAUUGAAGAAGAUGUUCCUCCAUCUCUGCUUGAACUGUGGAAGGAUCCUCCAGUUACUGAAGAAGAGUUGCAUCUACCUCAUAGAAAUGAGUUCAUACCAUGUGACUUUUCCAUUCGUUCAGAUAGUACAAACAGUGGAUCUAGUAAUGCAUUCUAUCCAAGAUGCAUAAUUGAUGAGCCAUUAAUGAAGUUAUGGUACAAGCCUGACAGUAUUUUCAAACUUCCUCGUGCAAAUACAUACUUCAGGAUAAACUUGAAGGGGGCAUAUGAUGAUGCAAAGAGCUGUCUUAUGACUGAGUUAUUCAUCCUCCUCCUUAAAGACGAGCUAAAUGAGAUAAUAUAUCAGGCAAGUGUUGCCAAGUUGGAAACAUCAGUAUCCUUCUUCAGUGACAAGCUGGAGCUGAAGGUCUAUGGGUUUAAUCACAAGCUUCCUAUUCUUUUAUCUACAAUUCUAACGAUAGCGAAAUCUUUUUUGCCAUCAGGUGAUAGAUUCAAGGUUAUUAAAGAGGAUUUGGAUAGAUCACUGAGAAACACAAAUAUGAAACCCUUAAGUCAUUCAUCAUACCUGAGAUUGCAAUUCCUCUGCAAGAGUUUCUAUGAUGUAGAUGAGAAGCUGCAUCUUCUGGGUGGGCUGUCUGUGGCCGAUCUGAAGGAAUUCAUCCCUAAACUACGUUCACAGAUUUAUAUUGAGGGCCUUUGUCAUGGAAACUUAACAGAAGAGGAAGCUAUUGCCAUAACUGAUAUAUUUAGAAAGAAUCUACCUGUACAACCACUUCCAAAUGAAAUGAGGCAUAAAGAGCAGGUCAUUUGUCUUCCCUCUGGAGCAAAUCUUGUUAGAGAUGUCCAUGCGAAGAAUAAAUCAGAAACAAACUCAGUAGUUGAGCUUUAUUUUCAGAUUGGACCAGAAUUCGGGGAGGAAUCUAUCAGAAUGAAGGCUUUGAUAGAUCUUUUUGAUGAAAUUGUGGAAGAACCGGCGUUCAAUCAGCUAAGGACAAAGGAACAGCUCGGUUAUGUUGUUGAGUGCAGUCCCCGUGUAACCUAUCGUAUAUAUGGUUUUUGCUUCUGCGUCCAAUCUUCCAAGUACAACCCACUCUACUUGCUCGGAAGAAUUGACAACUUUAUAAAUGGUCUGGAGGAAUUGUUGGUUGGACUUGACGAUGAUACCUUUGAUAGUUAUAGAAGCGGUUUAAUGUCAAAAUUGUUGGAGAAAGAUCCCUCUCUCACAUACGAGACAAAUCGGUUUUGGAAUCAGAUUGUUGAUAAAAGGUACAUGUUCGACUUCUCGGAAAGAGAAGCGGAGGAACUCAGAAGCAUCACGAAAGGUGAUGUUCUGAGCUGGUAUAAGACAUACUUGAAACAAUCUUCUCCGGAAUGCCGGAGACUCUCAGUUCAGGUGUGGGGUUGCAACACCAACAUGAAAGAUGUAGAAGUGGAGGAGCAGCAGCCAAAAAAAGCAGUCCAGACAAAUAUAGAUGAUGUAAUCGCGUUCAAGAUGUCAUCGUCCUACUAUCCAAGCUUCUGUUGAUUCCAGCAGAAUGUGGCAACCUCAUCUAUGUUGAGGUGAGGGCGGAGGAGCAUCAGAAUACUUAGGAAGGCGCAGGCUUUCUAAAGCCAAACUGCUUGCUCAAACUAAUGAUGUCCGGAGAAGAGAUGGUGGAGAUCAAAUUGCAAUGCGACUGUCAUGGGGGUUAAAGAUUGGAGAUUGUGUUGGUUUAUUGAUGAACAUAUUAAGUGAGAUUCUUUAUUGUCUGGUUGGUGUUGUUAUUGUCGAGUCUGAAUGAGCGAUCAUAAAGACUGUCGGGGGCUGCCAUCUCUUGGGUGGUGACCGACUUCGUGAGUUGACUCUAUCGACCGUAGUAGGAAAUGGGAGAGAGAGUGAACAGAGAUUUUGUUGUUGUAGGUAAUAUUGUAAAACAUUAGUGCUUCCAAACGGUGGGGAAGGAAUUAUUAAGAGUGAUUUACUUUUUAUUUAUUUGUUUAUUAUUAUUAUUAUUAUUAUUUUGGGACAAGAAAUCGAAUAUUUGAUUGAUGGGUUUUGCUAA